GACGAGACGUUUGUUACAUGCCAUUCAGCAAGACUCGCAUGUUGGCCAAGAGCCACAUUCGGAUCCUUCGUCCAUCACACACACAGAUAUACAUACACGCGACAGAACAGCAAGGGCAGGCAGUCGGACAGGUCACAGCAGGCAAGGGCAGCACCGCUUCGAGUCCCUCCCUCCCUGCCGUGUCUCUGACUGUCCCGCUCUGUCCUUCCCUGCCAACCAUAAUUAGGAUGAGAUACAUGUACGCACUUACGCACACGAGCACAUUACACGUACCACCACUAUUGAUUGAUUCACGCAGGUCAGCCACCGCACAAACAGGUCAUGGCUCGAAGGACGGGUAACCCCCCACUCACUCAUGCGAAUGAACAGUGGACAGGCAGGAGCGACGGUACUCAAAAGAACACACACACACACACAAACACAAACACACACAAACAUGGAUCUACUUCAACAAACGACAAACAGACCAACCAUAUCAACAUGGCCACCCGAGCAAGCAGUGAAGGCUAUCCGAAGUAACAAGCACAUUGCAGCAGAUGAGAUCAGUGAGCCACGAGACGCACGUAUGGUCGAUCAAUCAAUCAGUCAGCGACUUCCGUCACGGCUCGGAAGUGGCGGUGUCUGGCAUUGUGCUGUUGAAUCCUCGACCACCGGCCAAAACUGCAGACACGCCACAUACAACCGCAUGGAGCCAUCGCACUUUUGCGUCCCUUUGUGUUGUGUCCCAUACCUCCAUGCCGGGCCCAUGUGCCCCCAAUCGAGGGCGUCUUCUUUGCACAAUGUUGACGACGCAGUCGGUGUGCCCCAUAGUGUCCCUCAUGGCGAAAUUUCAUGGCGAAUCUCGCCAUAAUUCGCAAACUGCCACCAUUCGUAACACCUCCCCCUCAACUGCCACACACACCCAACGGCGCACACAUGCAUGAGUCAAUCCCAACCUCCUUCCCUCCCUCUGCACACUUACAUUUGAACGGCUUCCUCGGGUGGAUAGAGGCCCUUGCGUCACCAUCACGCUGCUAGCAGGUUGAACUUGUAGGCAGAUCCUCGGGACCGCCAGAAUCGUCCUCAAGUCGCCAGAUUCGUGACGACUGAAACACGUACACGGACACCAACAGGCAAGUCAAGAAGUGGCAGGUGUGUGGCUGCGGGACGGCAAGGCUGCCAUGCAAGGCUCACCCCAGUGCGGUCUCCUGUAAGAUCACCGCUGCUACAUUCUGAGUAUACCACCGUAAUCCAGUGUGUGUUGUCACAUACUCUGAAGUCAGCGCCAGUCUCUUGGAAGUCACCGAGGUGCCAGGACGACAAGUCCUGCGUGGUGGCGGGAAAAGAGGAGGGUCAAGAGAACAAGCGAAAACUUAACGAACGGGAGGGACGCAGCAACCUAAACCCUACAGGGUUUGAAACCUCUAGGAUCGCAUCAUAGCUCGCUUUUGCGAGGUUUGCGGCCGCUUCCUUUCCACCCUCUGCUCUCCCCAGCGGUCAGAGAUCCACAGCUAGGUGGACAACAACCUUCAUCAGAAUCCCCCAGUGGACGAGCACAGCGUGUGGCGACCUCCCCCAU